AUGACUGAACCUUCGAUUAUCCCUGCAAGUGAACAACAUACAGCUACUAUUAUCUUCUUACAUGGUUUAGAUGAUGUUGGUAAAACUUGGUUAGAUGAAUUUAAUAUGUUUGAUAUACCGAAAAGAAUACGACAUGUAAAAUUUAUUUUUCCAACAGCUCCAAUUAUAAAUAUAUCGAAAAAUCAUGGAACACCAAUGACUAGUUGGUUUGAUGUUUAUGGUUUUGAUGAAAGUGCUAAAGAAGAUCAAGAAGGUAUUGAAAAAGCAUCACAACUUUUAAAUAGUUUUGUUGAAGACGAAAUUAAAAAUGGAAUUCCAUCAGAGCGUAUAAUUAUUGGAGGAUUUUCAAUGGGUGGUGCAUUGGCUCUUCAUACAGCAUUGGUAUCUCCUCAUACACUUGGCGGUGUUUUAGCUCUUUCAGCAUGGCUUCCUUUACUGACUACUUUUCCUAACGCACUUGUAGCUGGUGAUAAAAAAGUUAAUUUACCGAUUCUUCAAUGUCAUGGUAAUAAAGAUUUGAUAAUACAAAUCAAUCGAGCUCGAUUAUGUGAAGAGAAUUUUAAAGCAAUGGGUCUUAAAGAAUAUAUUUUUAAAGAGUAUGAUGAUAUGGAUCAUACAAAUUGUGGUCAAGAAAUGAAAGAUAUAAUUGAUUUUAUCGAACAAUAUUUACCAAACCGAGAUUAA